UGGUUCCCCCACUACUUUCACAUGCUCAUCUAAUUGUUUUCCAAACUGCAUCUACACCUGGUCCUUUAAGGCCAGCACAGUCAACGGGAGCACUAUUAACUUGGACACCAGAUGGACUGGAUGAUACAGUGAAACUGCAAUGCACUGUCUUCAAUCCACAGACAGGAGUCUACACAAGUACUGACACCAUUGUAGAAAUUACAAAUCCAAUAUCUGUACAAGUCAGUCCGCUGAACACUGUACCAUCUCUCAACCAGUCAUUAAAUCUCAUCUGCCAUGAUGCCAGAUUUGGUGAUCCACAAGGUCUAUCAGACCUGGUCUGGUAUAAAGAUGGACAAGAGGUGACCCUGCGUGAAAAUAUGUGGCUUCAGCAAAACAACCUCACACUUCAAUUUGACUCCCUGCUGCCCUCUGAUGCUGGUUUCUACCAGUGUCAAACGUAUCUGCCUACAUCACAGACAACAGUUGUCAGCCUGGGCUAUCUACUCAGCUAUGAUCAGUGGAACGUCAGCAUUAGCGGACCUGACACUGUGUUUCCUGGUCAGUUAAGUGAGUUCACCUGCCUGACCAGCUGCACCUUAAAUGUGGAAUGCACCGUCAGGUGGGAGUUCAGGGGAGGUUUCCCUGUUGGAACCUACUUUUCAGUUCAUAAAAAUGAGGUCA